CCCCUCUUUUCUGUCCUGACUUCACUCCUGCCGGCCUGCUAAAAAACCUGCUGUAAAGCGCAUCAGUUGAGGUGUGAUUUUUGACAAAGCUGUUGAGAAAAUGAAGGUUACUGCCCGCGCAACACGCAGGAUUCCUCCACAAACAAAGAAGAGGUCCAGAGCACACUCAACUCUCCUCUACAGAGCUCAUAAAGAGGUGCGUCCAGCUGGGAUGAAGAUUCCAGACUUCCUGGCCAGUCGACUCAGUUUUCCCAAGCCAGUCCUGAUCAGACUGGUGAGCCUGGAAGCUUCCCGGCUUUCAAAAACCAACAGACUGAAAGUGAUCACUCAGCAGGAGAUCAGAGCUGCCAUCACCAUUGUUCAAAGGAAGAUUCGUACAAGAGCUGCAGCAUGAAGAGCAGCUAAAUGUCAUAAUUUUAACUUUUAUCAUUAAAAAAUAUUUAUUUUUAAUCUGUUGCCUUUUCAUUACAAGUCAUGCAUGCUCUACCAAUUUGGUAAGUAAAUUAAAAUUAGGCCUACUCCUCAGUAAGUUUAUUCAUGUAAGCUUAUUAAUGACACCCUGUCCUUUGAAUCCAAGCUGUUCAACUAAAAUGACAACAUUUGCAGGGAACAAGGACAUGUCUUGUGGUGAUGCCAUUACUCAUAAUAGCUUAAAUACUGAGAAAAUAUCUUAUUUUUUUUAAUGAUAAAGUACAUUUCAAUGAUUCAAGUUGCCACUACUCAUGUUGGUGUCUUGCAAAAACACUUAAAGGUGAACUUUUUUGUUGUUGAUUAGCCAAGGUAGAUAUUGUAGCAUUAAACUCAAAGCUGAGCAUCAGUUGCUCAAGUGUUCUCGCUUGUCAACUAUUUAUUUGAAACAAACCUGUCACACUCAAAACUCUCCAAAUGUUUUUAUAAAUGUAGAAAUUAAAUGUUUUGAGGUCAUUUUAGUAACCUACCCGUGGACAACAUAACACAUUUUCGGUUAAAUGUUACAACUGGUCUAAGGGUGGCGCCAGAGUAAAGACAAUCAUUAGAAGCUAUCCUGAGGAUCAUAACAAACUUCGUGGAUAGUAGUUUCCAUCACAUCUUUUCAGGCGCCCUAAUGUAAACGGUAUCCUUGUGAAGCUUCAUUAAUCACAAUUUCAAUGAAUGCACAGAAAAGGGUCAUGGUGAAUAUAACCUGGGGAAUAUUUCAGAUGUGCUUUAAGAAGGAACAGAAGAGAUAAGCGAGCUUUAGGUGUCGUGUUUUUCUGUAAAUCCACCUGCUGCUGCUCCGCCUUUCGCUGGGCUCGCCUCCAUCAGCUGCUGCUGAGUCCACCGCUUCGGUCGCUGAAAGACUUUCACCGCUGUAUAAUUUUCUCAAACCUUUGGCAGGACAUGUAGAGAAACAUUUUGUUCACCAUUUUGACGGAUGUUUUUCUGUUCUAUCAUGAUUUCUGGAUCAUGCGGAUACGGGCAGCAGGUCUCCGGGCAGCAAUCGCUUACCACCAGCCAGAUGUGACUCAUCUUUGGAAGAACUGACUGAUGUGACCUCCGGGAACUCUUUGUCGGUCAUCAUGGGAUGUGGCACCUCCGUUGCUACAGAGACACAAGGGAAAAUAAUUGAGACCGAUGACACAGUUAAGACUCCCUGCCCAGCUCUGACUAUGAAGGCAGCAGUUCUGAUCCAGCGAUGGUACCGGCGCUACAUGGCCCGUCUGGAGAUGAGGCGCAGGUAUACUUGGAACAUCUUCCAGUCCAUUGAAUAUGCCGGGGAACAGGACCAGCUACAGCUUUCAAGCUUCUUCAGUUUCAUGCUCGACAACUUUACUCAGCUGAAUGAAAAUGGACCAGACUUGAUCUCGCAGCUUCUGGACCCGGUGGUGGAUCCCUGGUUAGGCAGAGAGACCGGCUACAACCUGAUCCCUGUUCCAGAGUCAUACAGCGGACCCCGACUCUCGUUUCCUCUCUCCGUGUCUGAUACCAGCGCUCUCCUGGGUGCAUUUAAAGAGCAACAGACUCUACAUGCCAGAUAUGUUCUGCAACUGCUGUAUGAGACCAAGAAGCUCCUCAAACAGAUGCCCAACAUCACUCACUUGUCGACAUCCUACACCAAUGAGAUCACUAUAUGUGGAGACCUACACGGCCGGCUUGAUGACUUACUCCUCAUAUUUUAUAAGAACGGCCUUCCCUCUGCGGAGACACCAUAUGUGUUCAAUGGGGACUUUGUGGACCGUGGGAAAAAGUCAAUCGAAGUGGUCGUCCUUCUGUUCGCCUACCUGCUGCUCUACCCCGACUACAUGCACCUCAACCGAGGAAACCAUGAAGACCACAUAAUGAAUCUCAGAUAUGGAUUCACAAGAGAAGUCAUGCAGAAAUACAAGACUCAUGGCAGGGAGAUCCUCCAGCUGUUUCAGGACGUUUUCAGCCUCCUGCCCAUCGCGACUGUCAUUGAUGGAAAAAUCCUGAUUGUUCACGGAGGCAUAUCAGACCAGACCAACCUGGACUUCCUAAGCUCUAUAGAGAGGCACAAGGUCAAAUCUGCCCUAAGGUUUCCUAGACGUAGUUUGGAGCAGCUGGACAUCGGUCAGUCCUGCAGCCAGAUGAAAAGAGGGAGAUCAACAGCCAGCUCACGUCCCAGCAGCAGUUGCAGCCACAGCAAAGACCAUAGAACCCCCAGCCAGAGAAAAAGGCGAUGCGGGAAUCGCCGACAAGACAGCACUGUCUCCACUUCCUCCUCCUCAUCAUCGUCCUCGUCCUCCUCUUCACUCUGCUCUCCUCGAACUCCAUCCUCCCUCUCGCCUCAUCCUUGCCCUUCUCCCAGGAUGCCCUGUAAUGUCAAUGUCCUCCAGGUGCCUUUCCUGGACUCCCUGUCCUCUGUCGCCCCUCCUUUACCGCCUCAACAAGAUCUGGAAUGGAAACAGAUAGUGGAUAUUUUGUGGAGUGACCCUAAAACUCAAGAAGGCUGCAGUCCAAACAUAUUCAGAGGAGGAGGCUGCUACUUUGGGCCGGAUGUUACCCAGAGACUGCUGCUCAAGCACGGACUCCAGCUGCUCAUCCGAUCCCACGAGUGCAAACAGGAGGGAUAUGAGCUCUGUCAUGGUGGACAGGUGAUCACCAUUUUCUCAGCGUCAAACUACUAUGAGGAGGGGAGCAACCGUGGUGCCUACAUUAAAGUGGGCCGAGAACUGGUUCCCCGCUUCUACCAGUACCAAGUCAGCCGCACAACACGCAAACUCACCCUGACACAGAGAGUACGAGUUGCUGAAGGCUCUGCUCUCAAGGCCCUGAAGGAAAAGCUGUUCUCUCACCGCUCUGAGCUGCUGUCAGGCCUCCAGCAGUACGACCACAAGAACACCGGUAAUGUGUCAGUCAGUGAAUGGGCUCAGGUGUUGGAGUCUGUCCUGAGGCUGGACCUGCCCUGGAGGACACUUCGUCCGCACUUAGCCCGUCUGGCACCAGAUGGCAGUGUGGAGUAUAAAUCCUGCUUCGAGGAUAUGGAUUCAGGGAUUCCUCUGCCUCAGGUGACACCAAACAUGGCUGAGACCCUUUUCAGAUACAGGACAGACAUUGAGAUAAUAUUCAACAUUAUAGACAAAGACCAUUCAGGUCUGAUCUCCGUCGAGGAGUUUCGUCACACCUGGCGUCUCUUCAGCGCACACCUGGGGGUCGACAUCGACGACAGAGCCAUCGAUGACCUGGCCCGAAGUAUCGACUUCAACAAAGACGGCAGUAUAGACUUCACUGAGUUCUUAGAGGCCUUCAGAGUGGUACACAAAUUGGACAAUAAGGAUCAGCAACUCAACGAAAAAAUGAAUGGAGACAGGUGUUCAUGAACACGGGAAUCUGAAUGAUACACCGGAAGUCCUGCAUGGAACAGCAGGAAGGAAAAAGGGGAAGUGGACAAGAAUAAAUUAUUUAGUACUUCUGAAGUUAAAAUAUAGUAAAAUAGCUGCCAUUUGGUGAUGUACCUUACCGUUAUUGGUGCAUUCUGUCAGUCCUAGGAGUAUUUUAAUCAACUCUCAGGGAUGGCGUUGUUUAGGAUGCUUCCAUCCACCAUUUUGAUUUCAAAGUGAAAAGUAUUCAACCAUAAUUUGAAGAAUUUCCGUGAGACUUUGUGAAUACAUUUAUCUUUCUCAGAGGAUAUGUUUCUAAGACUUCCUCUGACAUUUAUCUUGUACCUCCAGCUGGCAAAAGCUUUCAGAACAGUGGAAUAUCUCCACAUCAACCAGAUGGAUCGGCAUCAAUUUUGGUGCAUUGAUCGUUUUAAAUCAGAAUCAAAGUCCCUUUAUUCGUCCCAUAGAGGGGAAAUUUAAAUUUGCUACUGCAGCAACAGAGCCAAAGACAGCUUUACAAAAGAAAAUAUGCAUUUAAAAGAAAAAAUCAAGAUAAAGAAAAACACACAAUUUACAAAAUACACAUCCUGAAGGAGAUAUAGCAGCCAGGUAAUAUUACACAGUUAUUGAUAAUGGCAUAUUUAUGUUUAUAUAUUGCACAUACAUUGGUAUUGCACAACUAUUUGCACAACAAUGGUUCUUAAUAACUAAUGGUGAUUUAUUCUAUUUGAAUCUUGUGCCACCGGCUGACAUUUUUAUUGUUUUGACAUGAAAUGACCGGAGAAACUUUGGAUUGAUUGAUAUUUUACAGUAUUUAGAAUGAAUAUGUUAUUUUGAUCUUCAUUUAUAUAGCAAUUUUAUCCAAUGAGGAUUUACAAUUUGCUUUUCAGGUAUAGUGUAAUUUAGCACACCUCUAAGCCUUUGCUCACUUGUGAGAAACAGGUGUACAGCAGGAGUUCCAGUGUGCUGCCACGCACUGUAGUUUUACAUGUAUUGAUGCCUGACAGUUUCAACAGUAUAAACAAUAGAGACACUCUGCCGCUAUAGAUAGGGUGUCAGGAAGUCCAUGAUCAGUUGUUAACCAA